UUUCUGGUCUUCUGCUGCAGCCUCCUGAUGAAAAGGAAACUCUUCCUCUACAACUUCAAGAACCUGCGCUGGGCCAAGGGCCGACGUGAAACCUACCUCUGCUAUGUUGUAAAGCGCCGUGACAGUGCUACAUCGUGCUCCCUGGACUUUGGAUACCUGCGCAACCAGAUGGGCUGUCACGUGGAGGUGCUCUUCCUGCGCUACAUUGCAGCCUGGGACCUGGACCCCGGCCGCUGCUACCGUAUCACCUGGUUCACCUCCUGGAGCCCCUGCUAUGACUGUGCCCAGCACGUGGCCAACUUCCUGCGCUCCUACCCCAACCUGACCCUCCGCAUCUUCACAGCCCGCCUCUACUUCUGUGAGGACCGCAAGGCAGAGCCUGAGGGGCUGAGACGCCUGCACAAGGCAGGAGCACAAAUUGCCAUCAUGACCUUCAAAGAUUUCUUCUACUGCUGGAACACAUUUGUGGAGAACAGGGAACAGACAUUCAAAGGCUGGGAAGGGCUGCAUGAAAACUCUGUCCAUCUCUCCAGGAAACUUCGACGAAUCCUCCUGCCACUGUACGAAGUAGAUGAUUUACGAGAUGCCUUUAAAACUCUGGGACUUUGAAGUAAAAGUCAUCAGCAACCAGGAGACUUCACAAACAUUUGUUCUUUGAUUUCCAACUCUCUCUCUUACAACAAAUCUUUCCCUUCUU